GCUGCUUAAAAGCUAUGUUUAAAGUAGCAAUGCAGCUGCUAUGUUCGCAAAAUAUAAAUACUGUUUAUAACAUAUGGGUUUAGUUAAACAUAAAUUGUACCGUUUUAUCGCAUGUGCUGCAAUUAUCGCAUCUUUAAUCGUUUUCUACCUCAAAUUACAGUCAAUCUCCAAAGGAUCAAUGAGUGAACAAACACUAGAAUAUUUCCUCAACAAAGGAACGAUAAGGAGAAAAGAUGCUGCUGAUAUUGAGUGGUAUCAUGCAGCUAACAGCAAAAGCAAACUCAUAGAGGCUCUUCGAGGUUCUGCACAGAUGAUUGAAGCAGAUGUUCUUCUCAGGGGUGCCGAUCCAGAAGAGCCCAUCAUGGCUCACCCACCUGCCAAAGACAGCGAUAUAACUCUGCAGGACUGGCUUAAAGAAGUCGUCAAGUCAGACAAAGGAAUAAAACUGGACUUUAAAAGUCUGGCAGCUGUAUCCCAAUCCAUGAGUCUGCUGGAAGAGGUCCGAGAUCAGCUGAAGGGUCCUGUGUGGAUUAAUGCUGAUAUUCUUCCUGGUCCUGGUGGAACAGCCACCCCUGUGGACCCUCAUGUUUUCCUGCAGGAAGUGGCUCAAAGAUCAGAGAAUGAUGUUCUGUCUUUGGGCUGGACCACUGGAUGGACUGAAGAUGUAGACAAUCCUGGUUACAGCUGGGAGAUGGUUCAUCAGAUGGAAGAAUUAUGCAGACCCCUAAAGCAACCCGUCACAUUUCCAGUCCGAGCAUCUCUCCUUCCAAUGUCCUUCCCACAGUUCCAGUGGCUUUUAGAGCAGUCAGACCGGUCAGAAAUUCUCCAUUAAUAAGCCUAUUUAAAUGUACGUCCAUAUUUACCGCUACAGAGACUAUUAAGCCGUGCAUCUGUGUGAAGGAGUCUUUCUAUUACCUCGGUGAUUGAUUUAUGUUAUACAAGCAAGGACACAAUCAAGUUCACCCUAAUGCUUAGUAAUUUCUUGCUGGAUAAUUUGGUUCUGGCUCAUCUAUUACACUUGUUUGUGACUGGAAUAGCAACUCUUCUCUUUCUGUGAAGAACAGUGUUGAGGUAUAGCAGGAUGUGAAGAUCCAGUAGUCUUCUGUUUAGGUUCUUGGUUUCCAUCACUCAGAACUAACAAAGAUGUUUGAAUCCUUUCAAUUUGAAAUGAUGGUUGUGCUUUUGAUUAUAUCAGUGGUCCCCAACCUUUUUGUAGAUUGCUAUGUGACCUUCAAUCGGACAAAACAUUGCUACAACUCUGAUACAAGUUUUAUCUAUGGAGAAAAUUAAAAGCACUGCAGUGCUAACGUUAC